AUGCGUGGUUUGUGUGCUGGACCCGUCAAUGGUUCCCGCCAGGGAUUCAAUGGUUAUUGGCGGGCGUUUGGGCGCAAAUGCUCAGGACAGUCACUAUUGAUAUUUGUCCUUCCCUGGCGCCGCCGUAAUUAUUGGACCAAAGGAGGAAGGGCGAAAGGUGAAGGGAACAAAGGGACAAAAGGGAGGACAGGAUGGAGCGCGGUAAGGUGUGGUGGCAUUGCUGGCGGAAAUACGGAAAUGCUAGAUCUCAAUGCUGUGACCCCUGGGGCCGUGUUUGGAGAGGGCGAGCGGGCAGGGCGGGCAGCCGAGAGCAUGUGGUUGUGGUGGUGUCGCCAUUUCGAGGCCGCAGAACGCCAAUUUGUGGGGAUCGUCAACAGCAACAAUGAUUGCGAUGAGGGGAGAGAUCAGGAGGUACAGCUGCAGUCGCAACAACGCAUGGCACGAGACGCCUCCUGUGCCUCACAUCUGCGGGUCUAGG